AUGGGCAACGAAGGCGGUGGGUAUAUGAUCCCCGUGGCCGGUCGACGAAAGGGCCGCGCACCGCCACCGCCCGCAAUGGCCUCUGGUGAUGAACCCGACUGGCUCUUUGCGGAGAAUGUUGCCCCGGCAACUGGCAGCUCCGCACAAAAUCCUGCACCCCCAUCCGUCCCCUUCGCUCAUGACGCGCUCUCGUUUCUUGAUUUUGAGAAUGAGGCGUCUGCCCCCACGGCAUUGUCGCACGGUGCCGCGACACCCGCGUCAGGAACAGCGGCACCAACACCGGCCCAAGUGGCUCCCUCAUCGCCUUCUCUUUGGAACCAAUACGAGUUCUUGCGGAGGGAGUUGCAGGGGACCCAAGAAGAACUGAUUCCGUAUGAGGAUCGUAUCAAACUAUUGGAGAGGGGGGAGGACGCUCUGUGCCAAGAGGUGAGACGCCUGGAAAACGACGUAUGCGGAAAGAGGGAAGAGGUGGAACGCGCAGCUUUGCUUCGGACGGAGCUGGAAGAGUACUUGGAGCUGCGAAGGCAGCGGCUGCGGGAGGAGACGGGUGGUUACCGUAGCCAGGACCUCAUAAAUACUUCUAAUGCUCUUAAAAUGAAGUACGAGACUGACGUAGCACGUUUAACGACGCUUACGAAAGAAAAGGAGGCAUCAUUGCGUGCCGUAAAGGAGAGACAUGACGCCGUGGAAGGGGACUUCCGCGCAACAGAAGUGCAUGAGCGAUUUCUUGUCCAGCUGCAAGAGACACUGAAAAAGGCUAUACAUGAGAUGGGAAAAAGUGUGUGUGUGCGCGUUAAACCAUUUCUUAUUGGAAGCAUACGAGAGAUAUUCGUGCAGUCUGCUCAACAGCGUCUAGACAUCCUCUCCAAUGAUCGAAAACGAAGAUGUGACGAGUGGGAAGCCUUCCAACAUAAAAUGAAGGAAAAUUUUUGUAGCUUUCAGGAGGAGCGGCGUUUGAAGCAUCAAACCAGCUUUGAUUCCGCAUUGGCUCAUGCUGUGACAAAAUUUCGAGCAGCUCUUGAUAAUCGUCUUACUACGUCAGCACAGAGCUUUGCGGAGAGACAACGGAUCAUCACGGCUGAGACAUGCAAAUGCACGCAGCGCGCCAUUGAAGAAAUGGUUCAAAGAUUUAGAGAGGAGUUGAAGGCUGUGGAACAGAAACAAUGUGAAGAGCUAAAGCGCGCAGUGAAUCAAUACGCCGCCGAGCUCGCUCAUCGUUCCCGACUGUACGCUGCAGAGAGAGAGGCAGCAGUUGGUCGGCGAAGCCGGUAUGCGGAGGAAGAGCAGGCAAAUUUAUCUGUACCCCCCGCGUACAAAGCUGUUGAAGAGAAAUUGAAGAUUUUGGGGGCGCGGGUGGAACAGUUUCGACAGUCGGUGUCAUGUGAUGUACAAGAAGUCACUAGUAUGGCCUUCUACCCUGGAGGCAAUACAUUUUCUUCCAAUGAGAAGACCUUGAUGUUGGAAGAAUGCGAGCGAAAUACACGUGAGCUCAGCGAGCGACUCGACGCUCAGUGGCAGCGAUACAGGGCAGCCGUAGCUCCUCUGGAACAAUGUGUCAACUCCAUGGCUGAUGUGCUGCGGGAGGGUCGUGUGAAAGUGGCUACCAUGCAUCAAGGAACAGAGUCUGUGUACCGAGCAUGGAGUCAAGACGUGAGGCGUGAGCUUUUUUCGUGUCUUACUUCGAGCGGAGUGUCCUCGGAUUGUGAGAAGGUACGGAGCGGAGUUGAGUGCAUGACACAAGUGAUGGAGAACUUGUUGGCGCAGUUAUACCCGUUGACGGCGGCUCACGCUGAAGGACGUGCACAACAGAGACGCUUUUGGAUGAGCAUGGAGCAGGAGAUUGGGGCGCUAGAUAAACAACGGGGUAAUUUCAACAAUGCACUCAAUGCCGUAUUUGAUGCAUACGAUCGCUUGUCCCGUGUGGAGGCGGAACUACAGGCAAGGCGUACCACGUUAGAUGUUGCGAAAGACGAUCUUGUGGCUGCCAAGCAGCAAUUUGACAAAGAGAGGGCUGAAUUUAGAGCACGGCUAAAGGAGACGCAGCAGGUUGGGGCGGAACUGCGUCACCAGGCGGCGAAAUGGGGAAAAAAGAGUGUCCCCGGUGUCUGCAUGGAGUACUCACCUCAAGUUUUGCGUGACAUGACAUUAGAGAGUGCAUGUCGGGAGAACGCGCCCCGAACGCCGUCGAAGGGGUUACUUCAUUCACAACGCCAGCGAAGACCGAGGCAGCACCCUAAAUAUCGGGACGAGAAUUUGACACAAUCCCCGUGCCCUCCCGCAGGGGAGGGUGAAGCGGCUCACUUCAGAAAAAGUGAGAAUUUGAUGGGUGUUGUCAGUCUUUUGACUGUAAAUAAUCCAAAUUUGCAGACUGAGCCGUACCGUGGGCCGGACUCGCGUGAGGGGAGAAGGCAGUCACUUGGCUCAAGCUAUGCGCCGUCAUCUGAUGCCAUGCACGCUGGUGGGGGCAGCAGCACCAAGUCUCUUACCACGCCUUCUACAUCCAACUCUUGA